CAUAAAGCAUGCGAAUGUUGGUUGGUUAUACGAGUAGGAGGAGAUUUCCAUGCUCAUGCUCAACCAAAUUGCAGAUAACGGACCAAUCAUUGGGUAACGUUGUUAUCCUUUUACCUUCUCUACUUGCUUUACGAGGGAAGAAACCAAAACCUAAGAGGAAAUAAGAACGAAACUUCAUGCAUUAGUGAGCUAGUUUGCUGCUUUGUAGGGAUUAAUGUUGGGUCUUACUGCUCUUACCGUCCUUCGAACCAGAAGAAACCUCAACUUCUCCACUACUUAUAGGCUUCUCUACGACCAAUCAUGGAUCUCUGUUCCUCUAAAUCCCCCCAUGAAUUGGCCUGUACAAUCACAACACGCCAAAACACAGCCCAUGUUGCAGCCACCAUCCACCUCCUUCCAACAGCACUGCCAACCACAAGAGCAGACAGAUCAUCAAAGAGAAAACCCUGACUCGAACCUUUUCCAAAAGGACUGUGCCACCAUCUGCAACCUGCUUAGGGACCCUAACCUCUCUGCUGGCCCAACUUUCGAAGCUGCUUUAAACCAAACUGGCAUCAAACCAAGUCCAAUUUUGUUAGAGGCAAUAUUCAACCACUUAGAUUAUUCCCCUAAACCACUCUACACUCUCUUUCGCUGGGCUGAGCAUCAGCCCUCCUAUUGCUCCACUACUCCUGUCUUCAACUCCAUGAUUGAUAUCCUUGCAAAGGCAAGAGAAUUUGAUUUAGUCUGGUCUCUGAUGCUUGAAUGUCUUAACUCUAACGUGAACCCAUCAUUGAUCUCUAGUGAUACCUUUGCAAUACUCAUGAGACGCUAUGCUCGUGCAGAUAUGCCCCAGGCCUCUAUUCGAACUUUUGAAUUUGCACAUAAAUCUGACACAGUCCAUAGGUUGGAUUUGAAUUUGGACUUGUUUGAUGUAUUGUUAGAUUCCCUUUGCAAGGAAGGACAUGCCAGGAUUGCUUCAGCGUAUCUUGAUCAAAGGAAGCAACUGGAACCUGGGUGGAUUCCAACAAUAAGGGUUUACAAUAUUCUCCUUAAUGGAUGGUUUCGGUCAAGAAAGCUUAAGCAGGCUGAACGACUAUGGGAAGUGAUGAGAAAAGAGAAUGUGGCUCCAACUGUUGUAACUUAUGGUACCAUUAUUGAAGGGUACUGCCGGAUGCGUAGAGUUGACCAGGCAAUUGAAUUAAUUGGAGAAAUGAGGAGAGAAGGGAUUGAGCCCAAUGACAUUGUCUGUAACCCAAUUAUUGAUGCUUUGAGUGAAGCUGGGAGGUUUAAAGAAGCAUUGGCAAUGAUGGAACGACUCUCAAUUUCAGAUUCAGGUCCCACUGUCUCAACUUACAAUUCUCUGGUCAAGGGUUACUGCAAGGCAGGAGAUCUUGUCAGGGCAAGUAAGACAUUGAAAAUGAUGAUUGGAAGGGGAUUUGUCCCGACCCCAACUACUUACAAUUACUUUUUCCGGCAUUUCUCAAGAUUUGGAAAGAUUGAAGAGGGAAUGAACCUGUACACUAAGAUGACUGAAUCAGGCUAUGUGCCAGAUCGUCUCACUUACCAUCUAUUGAUCAAGAUGUUGUGUGAACAGGGGAGAUUGGAUUUGGCUGUUCAAGUUAGGAAGGAAAUGAUGGUCAGGGGGUUUGAUUCAGACCUUGCCACAAGCACCAUGUUGGUCCAUUUGCUUUGCAGAUUACAUAGAUUUGAGGAGGCAGGUGAGGAGUUUGAGGACAUGAUCCGGAGAGGGAUUGUGCCUCAGUACCUUACUUAUCGGAAGCUGGUUGAAGAACUAAAGAAAUCAGGAAUGACAGAGAUAGCACGGAGGAUUUCUGCUCGAAUGGCUUCUAUUCCACAUUCAAAGAAAUUGCCAGACAGAUAUAAAGAAGGAACAGAUGGGUCACAUGAGUUCAGAUCAUCAAUAAUGCGGAGAGCCCAAGCAAUGUCUGACAUUCUGAAAACUUGUAAAGAUCCAAGGAAACUCAGAAAGCUUAGGUGCUCAUCUAAUAAUGUUGUUGAGAGUGCAAACAUCUUAGUGGAGGAUAUAAAAAGAAGAAUUAAUGGAACAUGAAACAAUAGAUGUUUUAGUGUUUGGGGUCAGAAAAGAAAAGGCUCUUUAAAUGACUAUGUGAUUGUCCUUACUUUUUUCACUCAGAAUGAUUAUAUGUGUGUGUGUGACUAUG